UGCCCACCCAAAUGGCCAAGCACUGACAUAGAUGACAAAACAUGGUGAUGACAGCACAUGAUAUUACUCGAAAAUGACAUAGGUUAUAUUUUGUCAAACAAUGCUGGAUGUCUGUAUUGCUGUCCUUUGUGGUAUUCCUGGGAGUGGAAAAUCAACUUUUGCCAAAACCUUGAUAAGGAAUAAAAAAGAUAACAUAGCAGGGACUGGUCAAGAACAAGAGAAAAAUUCAGAGUCCUUUAAUUGGAUGUUGGUGUCAUAUGAUGAUAUCAUUCCUUCUGACACCGAGAAACAUAUAAUUGAAAAAGAGGUGCCAAAUGCUUGGAAGCUAUACAGGGAAAAUAUUCAAAAUGCUGUUGUAUACCUUAUACAAAGACUACAAUCAGAUUCAGAGUUCACAGAGCCAAUGGAAGAUAGAAGUGACUGCUGUUUUGAAAGUUUUAGAACAUUUAUGCAAAGAAUGGUUGGCAAGAAAAACGGUACUGUAGUGAUACUUAUUGAUGACAAUAUGUAUUAUAGCAGUAUGAGAUACAAGUAUUAUCAGCUGACUAGGAAAUACAACAUUGGAUUUUGUCAGGUACACAUCGAAUGUGACACGGAUUUGUCAUUGGUCAGAAAUAGGCAACGUCCCUCUGGACAAGUCCCAGAGGAUAUUAUUCUCAAUAUGGCAGCCAGAUUUGAAGCCCCCAAUCCAGAACAAAGUAGCUGGGAGAAGUACUCAAUCAAAAUAAACACUAAUGCAAGUCCAGAGGCACUGGAAAAUUCCGCAAUCCAAGUAUUGGAGCUUAUAUCAAAGGCUUUGUCAGAUCCAUCAAUGCCCAUAAUGGAGGAACUGGAUCAAACUUCUAAAGAGGUGGACAGACAAAUCUGCAGUGAGAAUAUCAUACACCAAGCUGAUAUUGUUAUGAGAAAACUGAUAGCCGAGUACAUGAGUCAAGCCAAGGGUCAAAAUACAGACAGAAAUCAUAUGAAAUCUUUAUCAGCCUGUUUAAGUUGCUGUAAAUCAGACAUUCUACAGGAGCUGAAGAGAGGAAUGGUGUAUUUAAGUUCUGAUGAAGAGUUACUCGGCAAACUAAGGGACAUUUUUCAUGAAAAGCUUGGUGCUUAUGGUUUUGGUUGAUAUGUACACCUCUACAUAUGUAUUAUGGUACAGACAUAGUGGAAUGCUGUGCAGUUCCUAACAAAAAAUGCCCAAGAGUGACUUACCUUAUGCCUAUGGUAAAACAAGACUUAUGUUGUUUUAUUGACAUGUCUGGCAUGAUCAUUUAAUUUUUUUUUUCAAUCAAAACAAAUGUUUCAAAAACUACACAAAAACAUGUAUUUGCAAAAGCUUUAUUGUUGAAUAAAGUACAUGUAGAUUAAACACA